AUGUUGUUUACCAAAUUCCUCCUUCUGGAGGCUUCGGUCAGCGCACUCAACACAGCUGUUCAAAACCCCAACGCAGCGCGAUGCAGUCUUGUCGAUCUUGUUGUUACUGCGUUGCGUAAAGAAUCUGGAGCUUCGUCAUUCUGCUCGUCGUUUCUCCAGAUCUCAACCGCAACCGCAUCGGCGACCGUAACUCUCACCAACACAGUGAGCUCAACGUCCAUAACGCCAACAACACUCACGGUUACGGAAACCAGAACCACGUCGACUUCGACCACAGAUGUGGCUCUUGAACCAAUUACUUCCACAGCAGACGCCGUAACCACUACCGUGACAGAUACAAACCUCGACAUCCCUGGCAUGUGGUGGGCAAAAAAAGAAGAGAAAUGCCCCACAAACUAUCAAGCCCACUUCGUCUUCCACUAAGAAGACCAUGAGUUCUUCGACAUCCUGCCGCUCGACGUCUAAGAGCUCUUCGACUUCGAGUUCCACCACUCGUUCAUCAUCAACUACUCGUUCAUCAUCAACUACUCGUUCAUCAUCAACUACUCGUUCCUCGUCGACUGUCCGAUCGUCGGUUGCUGUCGUUCCAUCGGUAGUCAUCCGUCCAACGUUGAUCGUCGCUUCAUCUUCGACUAUCCGUUCGUCGUCAAUCACUUCCUCCUCCUCGGUUGUCCGCUCAUCGUCAACUACUCCCUCAACUACGCGAUCAACAUCGACCCCUCAAUCAUCCAGCGCCACGAAUGUGAUCGGCUGUGCCCAGGCACCAGGCUUGUUGAAAGUUUUCCCUUGCUCCCAACUGUCCUCUGCGUGCGGUUGCCUCUCUCUACCCAUGCCCACGAAGUCAAUCACCCUCACUCGAACAACGCAAACUACUAUCGUGAACACCGGUUCUGAUGUGAGCACGACCACCGUGACGAUCACUCAAACAUCCAUUAUCACAAACCGGCCUGUCUCUACCUACACACCAACUUUCACGAGCACGUCCACGAUAACAUCUGUCACCAUAACAUGCCCUUGUGCCACACCUACCCCAAAUAUCUGUGGUACUACCUGUGUCGACCUUCUAAGCGACCCCAACAACUGCGAUUCCUGCGGCAACGUAUGCUCUUCUGGAACCUGCAUUAACGGAAAUUGCAGCAUGUCCGACUGUCCCGUCGGAGGGAGUUGCAACAAUGUCGUUACUUGUGGAGGCCUCUCAUCGUGCCAUUGCAGACAGACCACGAGAGGGAUCAACCGCUGUCUGAGUCAAGCGCAAUGCCCCGGUUCAAGUGCAUGCGAUGCUGAUUCUGAUUGUGGAUCGGGUCUGUACUGCGUUACAAACACUUGCUGUGGGGACAAUAUCAACGUUUGUGUGGGCUAUGGCGCUUGCCCCAACACUUUCGCGCCAGUCCGCAUGUUCAAGAGGAGGGGCCUGAUGGAGAGGGCGCGUUACGACAUUGACGACCCUGAGUCUCUUGUGAGGGCAAAAGCCGCUAGCAAUCAGUCAAGUUAAUGCUGUAAGUUUGUUAUGACGAGUUUUCCUUAGUUGUGGGUUGCCAGUUGCUUAUAUAGAUUUAGCACACUUGGACGUUAUUGCCUCGGCUUUUAAUUUGUCAUUCACCUUUCAUUUAACGUCAUAUUAUAUACCUUAUGAUCGAGCUGCCAUGUUGAAAUCAUUCUACUAUCUUCAAUCAAUCUGAUUCUGAUUAAAACUGUAUUCCUUUUUCACCUUCGUUAACAUAUGUUUCUUUUUCAAUAUCCAGUUUCGACAAUCAGGAUUAAUACACGCG